UAAACAAGAUUGACGGACGUUUUUAGAGAAGGAAAAUGGCUUCUACUGGAUCUCCCAUGGAGAAGGAGAAGCCCACUGAAGUUGAAGCCCUAGAAAAUGUACCCGCAGUUGCUGGUUAUGGAAAGCCUCGUCUCAACAACUAUGUUCUCGCUUGCGCUCUCUUGGCCUCCACAGCCUCCAUUCUAUUGGGCUAUGACAUUGGGGUGAUGAGUGGUGCAGAGAUUUUAAUCAAAGACAACCUAAAAAUUUCAUCAACCCAGACAGAGAUCUUGGUGGGUAUUCUCAAUGUGUCUUCACUGAUAGGUUCACUCGCAUCUGGAAAAACUUCAGAUUACAUAGGCAGGCGAUACACAAUAGUACUAGCAGCAUCGACAUUUCUAAUCGGUGCACUUCUGAUGGGCUUUGCACCAUCUUUUCCCUACCUCGUCGCCGGCCGAGUUGUCGCUGGAAUCGGCGUCGGAUACUCCCUAAUGAUCGCUCCCGUCUACACCGCCGAGUUGUCUCCGGCCAUGACAAGGGGACUCCUCACUUCGUUCCCUGAAGUAUUCAUAACCUUGGGGAUUCAAUUGGGUUACAUAAUCAAUUUCGCACUCUCAGGUCUCCCUGAUCACAUAAAUUGGAGAAUAAUGUUGGGUCUGGCUGGGUUACCGGCAAUUGUGAUUGGGUUUGGAGUACUGGCUAUGCCGGAGUCUCCACGGUGGCUCGUCAUGAAAGGCAGGACGACUGAGGCUAAACAUGUUUUGAACAGAACGUCAGAUACGGCAGAGGAAGCUGAGCUUAGACUCGCUGAAAUAACCCAAGCCGCUGAUACGGAUUUGGGCCAGGAAGGCCCAUCAAGAGAGAAUUGGCAUGGACAAGGUGUUUGGAAAGAGCUUUUCAUAAGCCCAUCCAGGCCCAUUAAGCGGAUACUAGUCGCCGCUAUUGGGAUUAAUUUCUUCAUGCAAGCUUCAGGCAAUGAUGCCGUUAUAUACUACACCCCUGCAGUGUUUAGAAGUGCAGGUAUUCACAACAAGAAGCAGCUAUUUGGUAUCACUGUGAUCAUGGGCUUUACCAAAACGGCCUUUGUUUUGUUAUCGGCCCUUUACUUGGACCGGUUCGGGAGACGGGCACUCUUGUUGUUGGGCUCAAUCGGGCUAUUUAUCUCAUUGAUCGUAUUGGGCCUCGGCUCGAAGUUUCUCGAGCAUGCGGGUAGCAAACCUUUGUGGGCCAUUGUGUUGUGCAUUGUGGCAGUUUGUGCUUACGUCUCAUUCUUUUCAAUUGGGCUUGGGCCUAUUACAUGGGUCUACACAUCGGAGAUAUUUCCGUUACGACUUCGGGCCCAAGGAUCAGCAGUGGCCAUCUCUGUGAACAGACUGGUAAGUGGGGUUGUGUCGAUGACAUUUCUGACCAUUUCAGAGAAAAUAACAUUUGCAGGAAUGUUCUUUCUGCUAUCAGCAAUAGUGGCAUUGGGCACAAUUUUCUUUUAUUUCUUUUUGCCAGAAACUAAAGGCAAGACUUUAGAGGAGAUUGGGGCUCUCUUUGAGGACAAAAAUAGUCCUAGAAUUGUUAACAGGGGAAGGGAAAUGACUGACAUAUAGUGUGGUAGCUAGAUCUGUGUUGUGUUUGAAACUUUGAAUAAUAUUACAUAUUGUGAUUUUGAGUUAAA